AUGAGACCCCACUUCACAAUCUGUUGUGGGGCUGAAAGUCCUGCUUCAAUGGAGGAUUUACCUCUUUGGAAGUUUGAAGACCGGGUCGAAACUUUUCCCACCAAGGAUCCUGCUCUUGCACUUUCUGGUCAGAAGGCUGCCCAGGUCGAAGAUCCAGAACCACAAGUGGAACUUAUUUUAGGAGCUACUGGGCCAGCAUUAGUUGGUGAAUGCUUCACAAUUCCUGUUACUGUGGCCUCCAAGGAUCACACCAUUUUUUCCGGCGAGUUGAAAAUCAAUCUGGUAGAUGUAAAAGGAGGUGGGCUGUUUAGUCCUAGGGAAGCAGAACCAUUCUCUAUGGACAGCCAUCAUGUUGAACUUCUUGGAGUUACUGGGCCAGAAGGAGAAGAUGAAUCUCUAGUGGGUCCUGACAAAAUCAAGAAAAUUCAGCAGUCUUUUGGUUUGGUUUCUGUUCCGGUUUUAAAAGAUGGAGAUUCAUGGUCCUGCAAACUAGAAAUUAAGUGGCAUCGACCCAAACCGGUUAUGCUCUUUGUAUCUUUAGGCUAUUUUCCAGAUAGCAAUGAAUCAACUUCACAAAGAAUCCAUGUGCACAAGAGCUUGCAAAUUGAAGGAAAGACUGCCGUGGUGUUUAGCCAUCAGUUUAUGCUGCCAUUCCGCCAAGAUCCACUGUUGCUCUCAAGAAUCAAGUCUGUUCCUGGCUCUGAUCAGUUGGCAUCGCUUCCUCUGAAUGAAACUAGUAUACUAGUCAUUAGUGCCAAGAACUGCAGUGAGGUGCCAUUGCUGUUACAGUCAUUGUCUAUUGAAGCGGAUGAUGCAAUUGAAAGGCUAUGUACCUUGCAACAUAGUGGCAUGGAUAUUUUACGUCCAGCCCAACUUGUUCCAGGAGAAGAGUUCAAAAAGGUUUUCACUGUCAUUCCUAAAGUGGAAUCUUCCAGUCUUGAUUUGGGAUCAGUGUCUCUAAGAUGGAGGAGAAAUUCUGAAACGGAAGGUCUAUCAACUUCUGCUGCAACAAAAGAGUGGGUUUUGACCAAACAUAAACUUCCAAAUGUACAAGUAGAGUCACCGCCAUUGGUAUUGAAUCUGGAAUGCCCUCCUUUUGCUGUUCUUGGAGAUCCCUUUACGUACUUGGUUAAAAUUCGGAAUCAAACACAGUUGCUUCAAGAGGUCAAGUUCUCACUAGGAGAUGCACAAAGUUUUGUGUUAUCUGGGUCUCACAGUGACACAGCUUUUGUUCUUCCAAAAUCUGAGCACACCCUUAGCUAUAAGCUUGUGCCAUUGGCUUCAGGUUCGCAACAAUUGCCUCGAGUUACGGUGACCUCAGUAAGAUAUUCAGCUGCAUUUCAACCUUCCAUUGCUGCAUCUACUGUUUUUGUCUUCCCCUCUAAACCUCAUUUAAAGACAACAGAUAUGGGAGACAGUAAAUUGGAACCCAUCCCAGCCGAGUAG